AUGGGAACGAAGACGAUUCCAAUUGGUCGCCUACUUCCAGGAUAUCGGUGUGUUAUUCUGGAUGAUUUCUCACAACCUGUGUUUACUGGUGAAGAGGGUGAACUGUUUGUCGGAGGUGUGGGUGUCUUUGCUGGUUAUCUUGGACGUAAUGAAUUGACAAAGAAAGCUCUUGUUGACAUUGAUGGUGAACAAUUCUAUCGAACUGGAGAUCUUGUACGCUUCGAUAGCGAUGGCCUACUGUAUUAUGUUGGUAGAAAAGAUCAUCAAGUCAAAGUACAUGGACAACGCAUUGAACUUGGUGAAAUCGAAAGAUGUUUGCUUCAAGCAUCAUCAGACGUUUCUCAUUGUGUCGUUGUCAAGUAUGAUGAUGAUCACUUGGUUGCCUAUAUUCAAAGUAAUAAUAUCAAUGAGAAACAACUUCGACAAUAUUGCCAAUCUUAUCUACCAUCUUUUAUGAUACCAUCAAUGUUUAUCAUACUCGAACAAUUGCCAUUGAAUGCAAAUGGAAAGGUGGACCGGAAACGUCUGCCUGUUCUCAUUUUUAGAUCAAUUGACACACUAGCGGAUACCGAAUACGAAUCUCCAGAAACUGACACAGAAAAGCGUAUACAUGACCUUUGGUGUGAAGUGCUACGAGCUUUUAACAAGAAAAUCUCCAUCAAGACAAGCUUCUUCGCUGUCGGUGGUCAUUCGUUACUUUUUAUACAAGUCUACUAUUAUUAUCAAUCAGUGUUUAACUUUGAUAGACACAUACUGACAAUAACACACUUUAUUCAACAAGCAACUAUUGCUGAACAUGCAAAACUAAUUGACCGAAUCAAAUUCGCUGACGUGAAACCUAAGGCACCAGAAUCGAUAUAUGUAGACGAGGGUAAAAUAUAUAUUUUGGUAAUCAUUUGAGUGGUGUUUUUCUUCGUCUCACUUUCAAGUCACGAUUAUUCAAUGCAUGUCCACUUUUUGUCGAUAGCCGUUCAAUUCGAUUUGAAGGAAAUUAUAGUUAGAUGUAAUAGUCUCCCAACAUUCAGAAAGUCGCUUCUUAUUAGUCAAACCUGAAAUCUUCUCCAAGAAAUCGGAAUAUGAAUACUUGAUUGAAGAAUCUAUGACUUUAUAGGAAGAGAGAAGAAGCUUGAGAAAAGACAAGAUGAGAUUAAAUCAAUGGUGAUCGACUGCAUAAUCAUCCUAUGCAGAAAUCUUUUUCAUGUUCAUUCAAAUUUUCUAAUGAGGUAAAUAUUUAAUCUUUCUGACCAGUAUGUAAGAUGAGAAUCCAUUUAACUAUUGUUUUUGAUGACUGUAGUCUUCAAAACUCAUACAAGAGUAGUAAAAAGUUGAUUUUUUCAAGAACGUACGAUUUCGACUACUUCACAUGUUAAAGAGUUCAUGAGAUUUCAACGACUCAUGCACCAUUGAAUAUACAAAUAGCUCCUUUUUUAAAUCAAGUUUUAACGAAAAGCUCAUACUUUUUAUGUUUACAUCAAGGUUGUGAAACUCCUCAAAAUGACAUGAAAUUAUCAAACAAUAUGAGCCAUGAAUGCUAUGAUGUCGAAGAAGAUCGGCUAAUUAAAACUGAUGAACAACUCAUUGACAAAAUAAAGCCUGUUACUGAAAUUACUCAGAACAGCAAUCGUAGAGAUAUCCUACUCACAGGAGCAACAGGAUUUCUCGGUUCAUAUAUCUUGGAUCAGUUGCUAAAACAAACUGAUGCACAUAUUUAUUGCCUGGCUCGUUCUUCGAAAAGCAAAAUAAAUUCAGAUCCUCGUGUGCAUUAUUUGAUCGGAGACUUAAGUCUUCCUCAACUAGGUCUUGAUGACAAGCAAUAUUUUCAAGUAUCUUUAACGCUUCGAUCAAUUUAUCAUUGUGGAGCAUUGGUUAAUUUUAUUCAACCUUACAGUGACCUUCGAGCUGCCAAUGUGCUCGGCACCCUUGAAAUAAUCAAACCAGCAUGUUUGGUCAAUGCUCGCAUUAACUAUAUAUCUACAUUGAGUGUUUUGCAUGCCACAAGUGGGAAUGGGUAUGUUCAAAGCAAACGGGUUGCUGAGAACUUGAUAAAACGAAUAAAUGAAAAGGGUUUGGCUACAUGUAUCAUCCGUCCAGGUAAUUUAAAACGGUCGAUUUUUCCAAAAAAAGAAUAAUACUUAUUCUGCUUUCUCCCGAGAUAGGUUUGAUUACAUGGUGCACGUCAAAUGGUGAUUAUAACGGACGAGACGCAUUUAUUCGCCUAUUCUCAGGUUUGAUUGAGUUAGAUUCGGCUCCCGACAUCGAUGGUAUAGUAGAUAUUACACCAGUUGAUGUUAUAAGCAAAUCAAUUGUGAAUAGGCGAAUAAAUGCGUCUCGUCCGUUAUAAUCACCAUUUGACGUGCAC